AUGCUGACCUAUAAGGCCCACGUCCAUGACGACGUCAUCUCCAGCACCUGUACGUGGUUAGUCUCCCUUAAGUUGCGACGUCGCCGUUCAGUACACAGUCAUUCCACCUACCAUUGGACGUCGCAUCAACUGCAAAUGCAUUCCCGUUUAAGCUCCGUCUGUCUAGUUGUCAGUCUCACCAGCAUUGGUAAGAGGCGAAUCCGGCAAUUCUCACGGGCUUCCUUAUCCUGUCUUGAAAUCCUUGUGCGGAUUCUCGCCCUGGCCUUCAUCCAGCACAUUCCUGGCGGUGAAAAGCGAGACGGUGCGUACGAAGGUCGCAUGUUUCAGCGCUUGAGUUUCAUCACUGGCGACAUAACGAGGUUGGCAGUGGACGCCAUUGUGAAUGCGGCGAAUUCGUCGUUGCUGGGUGGUGGUGGUGUGGAUGGCGCUAUCCAUCGUGCCGCGGGUCCGGGACUGUUGAAGGAGUGUCGUGGUCUUGGAGGCUGUGCGGUUGGAUCGGCCAAAAUCACGGGAGGAUAUAAUCUGCCCGCUAAGUAUGUCAUCCACUGCGUGGGACCAUUGAACGGAAGCGCCGAAGCACUGCGCUCCUGCUACGACACCGCGAUGAGAUUGUGCACCGAGAACGGUAUCAAGAGUGUGGCGUUUCCGUGCAUUGCCACAGGAGUAUACGGCUUUCCGCACGCACCGGCUGCUCAAAUCGCUGUGAAAACGGUGUGGGACUACCUGGAGAAGCACGAUGAUACCGUCGAGGUUAUCCACCGGAUUAAAAGGGAGGAGUGGGUAACCCUGAAUCAGCUGCUCUGUGAAGAUGGCAAGCCGCUAAGCUGA